AUGUUCCAAGUCAUCACACUCUCGGCCUGCUUCAACCCAGCAAGGCUUAUCCGUUCAUCGACCAGCUCAUCCAAACUUGUCCUUGCCGAUGGUCAACCCCGCAAACUGUGCUGCUGUCCAUUCAAGCCAGCAACCCAUCGAAGAGCCAGUAGUGCGCAAGCCAGCUUGAUGCCGUCACAACCAAAAGUGAAGAACCCGUCAGCAUCCUCGGUCUUCUCACCGGCAAUCAAUCUCAGCGUAUCUCCACGUGGUUCGAAGGAUGAUGAUCAGAAUGCUACCACUAAGGGGUCGGAAUCGAUUGGCGAAGAACAAGUUCCCUCAAAUGAGGCUGGACCGUCAACUCAAAUCGAUACGGAUUUACUCCUCAAAGAGCUUAUCUCCCUCAAAGAGAACGCGGGGCGUGCCAGUAAAUCUUCAAUCCACAAGCGCGUCAAAUAUCACUGGGAGCAAUGGAACGAAUUCUUGAAUACUCCGAAAGGGAAGAGAUUAGAUCAAAAUACAAUUCUCAACAUCACCCAUGAAUUCUUAUUUCUCCAUCCUAGCAAAAUCCUCACGAUCUUCGGAGACGCCGAACAAGCUCAAAGAUUCCACGAGCGGUUUCCGUCGAGCAAGUUUGAUGCGAGGAUCUUUAAAUCGAUCGGCUUGGCUACCUUAAAAUAUCAAAAUUGGACGGUCUUGAAACGAUUACUGAGUCGUCAGAGAAAUUUGAGACGAUCCGAUUUUCUCUCAAUCAUUCGAAUUGCAUCCCGGAAAAUCCUGUUUUCGUCGUCCUUGAAAACUCAAAACGCUAGAAUCGAGGUGCUCCUUCAACUUUCUGAGGCAAUUACCGAUUCAUUUAAUCAAGAAACCGAUUGUAUGAAAUGUAUGACACAAUCGAUCGAGAUUCUUUGCGACGCACUCUUAAGAAUGAGCUGCCACGAGCCCGCUGCUGCUAUGGUUCUUCAAGUACUCCGCCAACACCCCAACUUCUCAAAAUCCUUUGCCUCUGAAUUUCUUCAUCGGUUGAUGAGCACGUGCGCCUCACAUCAGCAUCUUUCGAUAGCCCAUGAUCUUUUAGCGGAGCUUCCACCGGAAUUACAAACGUUGGAUCAAUUCAAGGCGUGUAUGUCGGUGUGGGACAGGCGAACGCCGCGACCACUGCUGCACUCGGCUUGCUCGGUGUGGGAUGCUCUGGUCUCACAUCCCCAUAUUGUUCCAGAUCAUGAUGCCCACAAUCUCUAUCUGAGCUUGAAAUCAAGGCUUGGUCAUGUUGAAGACUUGACAAGAAUCAUUCAUAAUAUGGAACGCCGCAGGAUUCUUAUGGAUGGCGGAAAACAAAAAACUUACGGAAUUCUAUUACAUUCGAUCGGUCGUCGAAGAGGGCUUCAGUCCGCCUACGAGGCCUUGCCCGAGCUCGUCUCAAAGGGUUACAUCCCAGACGAAUACACCUCCAAUAUCCUCCUCAGUGCCAAGAAGACCAUUCAUGAUGCAGAAAGCUACCCUUGGAACGAAUCAGCAAGCAGAGCAGAACGCGAGGAGCGGUUACUCGAAACCAUGGAAAAGAUCCAGAAAGCCAAUAUGAAAUCAGAUGAAGUCACAAGAAACAUUCUAGUUCGUAGCUUUCUGAGCCGAUCACCAUACCAUUCCAAGGAAGACAUCUCGAAUAUCAAACAUGUCUCACUCGAUCAAUCUAACCCCACCCAUGGAGCAACUUUAGAUAGACAACAAUUUCGAAGGUUCAGGAAGCCGCUGUAUUCUAUGCUUUGUUCAGCUUUCCGUAGAGCUAAUUAUUUAGAUGAAUUAGAACAAUUAAAAAUCGAAUGGAAACGUGAGAGCUCCAAAGCCAGAUCAAAAUCCACUCAAAACCCGCAAAAAUCUUGA